AUGAAGACUCACAGUUUCAAAGAGGUCAGUGCAGAGAACCGAAUGCACCGGGAAGCCACCUGGGACAAGGAGCUUGAGAACAUAAUUGGAGGGAAAUCUCCCAGAAUGAUGUUUGUUUUCAAAAUACAGCUCUGUUUGGCCCGCUGCACCAUCUUCAUCAGCUGGAACAAGAUAAAAGGGCCAGUCCUUGGCCCAGGACCUAAGAUCUCUUCUCAAGGGAAGUGGCACAUGGUCCACAAAGAAGGCAAAGGAAACAGCUUUCCUGGUGCAAUGGAGGAUGUGCCAAGCCAGAAGUCAGGACAGAGCAAAGAUGUGUUGAGCUGCCUAACGCCAGAAGAGAGUCCUGCCAAUUUUAUGCACAUCAAAUUGGAGGAGUAUGAGCCUGCAGACUUCAGCACCAAGGAUCUCAUCCUAAAGAAAGCCAGAGAGGUCUGCACGUGCAGUCAUCAAACCAUCACCACCUUCUUCUGCCGGCUGUUCCCAGUGCUGGACUGGCUUCCUCGUUACAAUGUCAAGACACAAUUGCUUGGGGAUGUCAUAUCUGGUCUCCUGGUGGGGAUAGUUGCCAUCCCUCAGUCUAUCUCCUACUCCCUCUUAGCCAACCAGGAUCCCAUCUAUGGAGUCUACACCAACUUCUUCUGCAAUAUCAUCUAUGCUGCUAUGGCCACAUCACGCCAUAACUCCGUGGGCUCCUUUGGUGUCCUGUGCCUGAUGAUUGGGGAGUCUGUGAACCGGCACCUGCAGCUGGCAGGGUACAGUGAUGACAACACUGGCAACUCCACCUUCUUCAGCAACAGGACAGAUGCCUGUGACAAGAGCUGCUAUGCCAUCACUGUGGCCCUUUCCUUAAGCUUUCUGGUCGGUCUUUACCAGAUCCUGCUGGGUGUUUUCCAGCUGGGCUUUGUGGCUGUUUACCUGUCAGAACCUCUCCUCAGUGGCUUUGUGACUGGCUCCAGCCUCACCAUUAUCACAUCCCAGAUGAAGUAUCUCUUGGGACUGAAAGUACCUCGUCACGAAGGGGUGGGAUCCUUUGUCCUGACAUGGGUUGACCUUUUCAGAUACAUCCAGAACACCAACAUCUGUGACCUGGUCACCAGCCUAGUUGCUUUGGCCAUCAUAGUGCCUGUCAAAGAGAUCAAUGACUGCUACAAGGAGAAGAUGAAGGCCCCAUUCCCCAUAGAGCUGCUGGUGGUCAUUGCUGCCACAGUAAUAUCUUACUACUUCAACUUCGAAGAGCGAUACAACUCUGCUGUUUGUGGGACUAUCCCCACUGGUUUCAGGAAACCCACUCUACCAGAUGUAAACCUGUUUUCCAGCCUGGCAGUUGACGCUCUGCCCAUUGCCGUUAUUGGCUUUGCCAUGACUGUCUCCCUGGCAGAAAUCUUUGGCAAAAAGCAUGGCUACGCUGUCCGUGCCAACCAAGAGAUGAUUGCCAUUGGCAUGUGCAACCUGAUCCCUUCUUUCUUCUACUGCUUUGCCAGCUCUGCAGCCCUGACCAAGACUCUGCUGAAGGAGUCCACAGGGACACAGACCCAGGUGUCUGGCCUGGUCACCUCCCUGGUGCUGCUGCUAGUGCUGCUGUGGAUUGCCCCACUCUUCUAUUCACUGCAGACCUCCAUCCUGGGGGUGGUCACUAUCGUCAACCUGCGAGGGGGCCUGAGGAAGUUUCGUGACAUCCCCCGCAUGUGGCGCCUAAGCAAGCUGGACACGGUUGUGUGGUGGACAACCAUGCUGUCCUCCACGCUGAUCACUACGGAGAUUGGGCUCCUCGUGGGUGUCUGCUUUGCUCUGCUCUGCAUCAUAUUCCGCACUCAGAGACCCAGGGCCACGCUUCUGGGCAAGGUCAGCAACGCCGAUAUCUAUGAGGAUCAGUCCACCUACAAGCAGCUUAGCAGUAUUGUCAAUAUCAAAAUCUUCCGCUUCGAGUCAUCUCUCUACUAUGCCAAUAAGGACUAUUUCAAGACUGUUCUCUACCAGAAAACUGGGGUGAAUCCUAUCCUGAUGGCUGCUAAGCGCCAAAGGCUGGAGACCCAGGUAAAUGCAGACACAGGCAACAGCAAGAGCUUUUUUAACACCAAGUUUGACUGUCUGAAACCUGCCAAGAAAAGAACUGAGAAGCCUCCAGCAGAUGCUUGUCCUCCCUCCUUAGAUAUGCACACCUUAAUCCUUGACUGUGGGGCAAUGCAGUUCAUAGAUACUGUGGGUCUCUCUGUGCUAAAGGAGACACAUCGUGACUACAAGGAGAUUGGUGUCCAGGUGCUCCUGGCCAACUGCAACCCUUCCAUCCGCCACCGCCUCCAGGAGGGCGGGUGGGCUGGUGAGACAGACAGUGGUAGUGGUCAGCUGGCUUUCCACAGUGUCCAUCAAGCCGUGCAGUUUGCAGAAUGGUGGUACCAUAUGCAGCAGGAGGAGAGCAAGGACAAAAUCACAGAAUGUUUUGGGGCGGAAGAGGCCUCAAGAGGUCAUCUUGUCCAACUGCCCUGCAGUGAGGAGGAACAUCUUUAACUGGAACAGGUUCCCCAUCAAACUUAACCUCAAAUGUUUCCAGGGAUGGGGCACCCACCACCUUUCUGG